AUGAUGAAUAAGGUAUUACACACCGCACAGCAGUGGAAAGAAGAAGGAUGGUCGACAGUAUGGAAGACGGCACUUGUUCGUCUUCCCCGAGCAGUACCAAUCCAGGCGCUGUACAUCACGAACCCAUCUGGACCGCAGCCCUUCAGACUUGACCUGCCAUCGCGAAGACGAAAUGUUACGAUUCCGGUAUAUGUUUUCGCUCCUCCUGUCAAGUUCCCGGAGCUAUCUACAGAAGAGACACAGCCAACACCACACACAUUUCCGAUCAUCAUGGACUACCAUGGUGGUGGCUUCUACCUCGGAUCAUGUCUGGAGCAGGCACCAUUUUGUGCUAAGCUGUGCCGUGAGCUGCAGGCGAUUGUGAUCGGUGUGGACUAUAGAAUGGCUCCCAUCGACAAAUUCCCAGCAGCGAUCGAGGAUGCGGAGGAUGUUGUAUUUGCUCUGCUCAACGAACGCAAUCCUGGCUACGACAUGCUUCGCAAAGGUGUUGCAGAUUACCUUCGAAGACAAUGGUAUGAGACUCUUGGCACACCCGAAGAACGAAAGAAGGACAAGGUCCCCGCGCCACCAGUCCCCCAUAUCACACUAGACACGACUCGUAUCGGCUUCAGUGGCGCAAGUAGUGGCGGUAAUAUCGCUCUCAACAUGGCUAUUGAUGCACCCGCCAGUCUUGGAAUGCCCGAGUGGAAGUGUCCUAUCCCAGCAGACUACCCACAUCCCGUGCCUUUAUUACUUCUGUACCCAGCGCUAGACCUCCGACAACUCCCAGACGAACGCUUUCGGAACGAACGACUGGGCCCACUUCCCGAGAAGAAAAGAUUGGAUAUUGACAACCACCUAGCAGCAACCUACGUCAGCCGUGAAAUGUCUGGCCACCCUCGUGCCUCACCCGGCCUGGUGGAUACAAGCAAAUACCUCCACAAGAAUGCCAAAUCCCUCCUCAUCCUUUCCGGUCUGGACACACUCUGGGAACAAAGCGAGAUCUGGGUCGAAAAGCUCGAAGCUGAACAUCGAUUCAAGGAUGUCAAAGUCAUGCGCUACGAGGAUCGGAAGCAUGGCUGGACUCAGAUCCCAGAGAUAGCUCUGAGCAAAGAGGAGAGGAAGACGAGAAUGGAAGUGUUAGAUGAAUGUGUGAGGUUUGCGAAUGUCACAUGGCAAGGUCGUGAUCCCGUGGCGGUCAUGGACAAGGAGAACGGGGAUGUAGUGGCGGCGCAGGGCAAUCCUGAGCUGAAGCAUAAUGAGAGGGAGGGAUUGAAGUUCUUUGCUGAUAAGGAGUAA